GCUCCGUCCGUCAUUAAAUCAAAUUAGUAGCAGUCGAUGGAUAUAAAUUGGAUUUAUCGUUGAAGUCUAGUAUAUGAAUACUAGAUUUUGUGAUCCUGUUAACAGUAGUGAUUAAUAGCGAAAUGCUGCGGCCGCUUAUAGACGCGUUUUGGAAUGAAGAUGUGUGGUUACCACCUAAUACUACAUGGGCCGACCUCGCGCCCCGGCCUGAUAAGGCUGUAAUUUAUACGGACCAUCGGCAUGUCUUUUUCCCAAUACCGUUAGCACUGCUUUUCAUAACUCUACGUUAUAUACUAGAAAGAUAUGUGUAUGCUCCGUUUGGAAGGUACCUAGGCAUUAAAGGCACGAAACCUAAGAGGCCCCCACCGAAUCCUAAACUAGAAGCAGCUUAUAAAGCCUCCCCCCGUACGAAACAGCAGCUAUGCGCCCUCGCGAAGCAAUUGGAUAUGACAGAGCGACAGGUGGAGCGAUGGUGGCGCCUCCGUCGCUGUCAGGACAAACCGUCGACCCUUGUAAAGUUCUGCGAGAAUGCAUUCAAGUUCAGCUUCUACGUCUGCAACUUCUUGUUUGGCCUUUACAUUCUUUGGGAUAAGGAGUGGCUGUGGGAUAUUGAUCAGUGCUAUAUUGGAUAUCCUCAUCAGGGCUUAACGAGCGACGUAUGGUGGUAUUACAUGAUAUCGGCAGCGUUCUACUGGUCGCUGACGCUGUCGCAGUUCUGGGACGUGAGACGCAAAGACUUUUGGCAGAUGUUCGUGCACCACAUCGCCACCAUCGCGCUGUUGUCGUUCAGCUGGGUCUGCAACCUGCAUCGUAUCGGCACGCUCGUCCUACUGCUGCACGAUUGUGCUGAUAUAUUUGUUGAGGCGGUAAAGGCAGCCAAAUAUGCUCGCUACCAGAAGACUUGCGACACAAUGUUCUUAUGUCUGAUCGUGUCUUGGAUCAGCACUAGAGUUGGCAUCUUCCCGUUCUACAUCAUUUGGAGUACCUCGAUCCGAGCUCCCAUGCUGCUUCCGAUGUUCCCCGCCUACUACAUCUUCAACUCGUUGCUCUGCCUGCUGCUAAUUCUGCAUAUUGUGUGGACGUGCCUAAUAUUGCAGAUUGCAUAUAAUACUAUCAAGGCUGGACAGAUGGAAGGUGACAUAAGAAGUUCUAGUUCCGAACUCAGCGAUAGCCCCAAUCACUCCAAUCACAGUUCGCCCUCACGAGCAAAUAAUAAGAAAUAUACAUAAAUAUAACAUUAGCGGAACGUGUAAGUCUAUAGAUAGCUCCUCGCUGGAUCUCGGGUAAUAUGUCUGCUAUUUUUAGAUGUAUUAUAUACAAAUAAGCAAAUUUGAACAUUGUAUCAUAAAAAGUUUCUUGUCAACAUACUAUCAUACUUAUGAUUUUUAUUGAAGAAUAAUUUAUCAAAAAAAUUAUUCUUUUGUGAAAUUCAUAUAUCGUUUAUUCGUACAGGAUGAAAGUAUUAAUGGCGUGUGACAUUACCGAUGCCAUUAGAAAUCUUAAUUGUUUUUUUUUUUUUAAUUUAAAUCUUAAAGGAAAAUGAAAUCUAAACGACUUAUUAUUAUAAUAGACCUCCAUGUUGUAGGAGAAUUGGUUAUAUAAUAAUUAAUAUACAAUUAAAAAUUUCCAUCAACAAGUUUUUAAUUCCAUUUCAUCUAUUCAUAGAAAUUGCAAUCAAGUUUCUACUGUAGUAUGUUCUAAUGGCAGGAGGCCUAGGAUAAACAAACCUUAGUUUUACGCAUUCCAUGCACUUUGCUAAAAGCACUACAAAGAUAUUUAUUAAUAUAUCUGUAUUCAUAAUAGACUGUUCUACUUAACUACUUAUACCUAUUUAAAUUUUACUUCCAAAGUAGCAAAUACCACAGAUAUUUUAUAUCUCAAUCAUUGUCAUGUCAAUUUGUGGUCAUCAUCAUCAUCAUCAUCACCAUCACCCUCUUCGCGUCCAAUUAAAAAAAAAAAAUUCAAAAAUUCGUGGUCAAAGCUGUUUAUUUAUCUUUGUUCCUGCCAUUGGAAUCGAAUAUGUGUUUGUUUAUAACCAUUCUACGGUUACACUAUUCAUAAAAAAAAAAACAUAAUUAAAAAAUUAUAAUAAAAUAAUAACAUAAAUAUACUAAAACAGCAAGUAUCAAAGAUAUUGAAUAUAAUAAAGUAUUUUAAUAAUUUCAUGUAUCUUUUUUUUUAAAUUUCAAGUUGAGGUAUUUCAUCGUGUUCUAAUUUAUAUAAGCGUGUGUACGGAGAAGUAAAUAGUAGAAAUAAAUUCUAAUAUGUUUGGUUCGAUUCAAUGUCUAAAAAUGUAUAAUAAUAUUCGAGAACACUUCCUCUAGCAUGUACAUAUACAGUGUAUCGUGUUAAUUAAUGUAAGGUAUAUUUAUACAUGUUACAUGUUUGUAUAUAACGUAGUCAUUGGGACUUUAUAUAACUAUCUACGUGCUGGGACCACAUAGUUGGAUUAUAUUCAUGUAAUUUCAAGGAUAAUGUUUACAUUUGUGCUAUGUAUUACAUAUAUAUUUUUUAAUUUAAUAUAGUAGUUUAAAAUAACUAUAAUUAAAAUAAGACAUUUUAAAUUUUUUUUGGCCAAACUUCCUUUGUUGAGGAAAUAUAUAUUGUGACUCAUUUUAAAAUGAGAGGUAAUUGUUUUUUUGUUCUUUAAGUUUAUUGUAUUUCAUUGUAGAAAUGUAAACAUUGUUAUCUAAUAAAACAAUAAUUCCUAAAGCUUCACCGACUAUUACUAGUAUUUAUAUUUAGAUAGUAUAUAAACCAUAGGCAUGCUACAUAGGGUUGAGAUUACGUACUAUUCCAUUUAUACAUUUAUCGAAAGUAACGCAUUUAUAAUAUUUUUUUUAUAUAAAAUACCAAAAUCUUGGUUAAAAUUUAAGUCUUUUUUUUUCCGAACAAAACAAAAUCCCUUUGGCGACAGAAUCAUGUGAAAAAAAAACAAAUAAUAACUACAAAUUAACGUCACAUAUAAAUUAAAAUGUCUCAUUUAUAUUUCAUGAAAAAUAUUUUUCAACUUUCAUAAUAGAUGAGAAUAUCAUACAUAUGCAAAUCAUGCUACAAACACAUAAAUUGAUGCUAGAUUUGCACGAUUAACAAAAUAAAAUAUCUUCGUUUCGUAAUUGCAAACAUACAAAUAUAACGUAAGAGAAUGAUUAAGUAUCUCCCACGUUAUAAAACAAAAGUAAAGAAAAUAUACAAAUAAUCACAAACGGCUCUUAAAGUAAACGAAGUAAUAAAUCUAUUAAUUAUUUCAAAGAACCUCAGAGAUACAUUUACGAUCUACAAAUCCCUAUAGAAAAAUAUAUUUAGAUAAUAUGUCUAAUGUAUGGUUAAAUAUUAAAGUGAUUUGCUUGUAAUUUAAAAUAAUAAUCUUGUAUCUACUAUUUUCUGAACUAUUCCAUUUUUAUUUUUAUAUCAUAAAAUAGGUGUUGAUAAAUAACUAUACAAUAUAUUUUGAACCAUUAUAUACCUUCGUGUAAAUUAUAUGAUAGAUGUUAAGUCUCGAAUAUGUUUCGAACACGUACAUGUACCUUAGGGUAAGUUCAAUGUUCCAUUUGAUGUAAUGUAGAGCGAAAACAAAAACGAUGCUUUAUUUAAAUUCAAUGAUAAUAAUGACAGAUGACUUGAUUUUAUUAUCAAACAUAAUUCGAAAUUAAUUUUGUCACUUUUCUAUUACAAUUAUUAUUUUAUUUAUAUAAAUUCCAAUAAAGUGUACUAUGCGGUUUCGAUUUAUUUAUUAGGCAUAAUUUAUUCAGCAUCGAUUAUCAACCAAAAGUUAUGAUUAUAGGUUAGAAAUAUUAAGUGUAGCGUCUAUGUAUAAUGUUUCAACUACUUAUUUUUUUAUUUCUCUAUAAAAUAAAUAUUAUUUAAAAAUAUUCGUUAUUGAAUAAUUCUAAUAAUAUGCUAUUUUUUAUCUGUCAAUCUUCCUUAGGCUUACUCUAUGGAUGAUAUGAUAUCCAUUGUUUCAGAAGCCAACAUAAUAAAUAAUUUUUGUCUUCGUAAUUAGUUGAUAUGUAUUGUUAUGAAACUUUACAAAGUGAUUUUCGUAUAUUAUUGCAUAAGUUCUGUUGAAAUUGAAAAUACUUUUAAUUUUUCCCUGAAUAUCAAGGUCCAAAGACUACUCGUCGUAAAUAUAUUUGUUUUACGGAUAAUAUACUUAUAAGCUCCUAAAACAUUGCAAAUUUUUGUUUGAAUAAAUUCUUAGUAACUUAUAAUCGUGUUUAUUUUCGCUACUUCAACGUACUGUCGGUUGUUUUUGUGUUGAUUGGCCUGUAAGAUAUUGACGACGUAAAUAACCAGUGCAAGCAAUUACGAGUCUAUUCAUUUAACAUCACACUAAUUCUUACGUUAUGUAAUAUUUUCGGUUUUUGUUGUGUAAACAGUAUUGUUUAAAUGAUAUUAUAUUCUAUUUCUAUGUGAAUUUAAAAAUAUGAUUUAAUUAGUAUUUCGCCCUUUGAAAAUAUUGUAAUUCUUCUCCAAUAUCUUGAAUGAUGCUUCUAAGUGUUGUUAUUGUAAUCAUUCGAUAAAUUCAUAUAUUGAUGUUCAUUUAUUGUUUAAGGUUUACGAAAUUAGGUUUACGAAAUUAGCCACAAAAGCUUUGAAAUUAUUUUCCAUGUAAACAUUAAAUAAUUUAUACAUAUUUUUCAUUCACAAAUAAAACUUUGCUAAUUUAAAUAUAAUUUUAACACGCAUUUUGCGGCUAAUUUUGUUACAAUUGUAACGUCUGUGUUGUGUUUUCGUCACACUUACACGCUGCAGACAAAAUUCCGAUCUUAUAGCUAGUCUUUAUCUAAUUCUGUUUACAUUUAUAAAUGUACAUUAGUGAUAAUAUAAUAAGGUUUUUGCCUUAUUAUUUCACAAAGAUCGGUUGUGCCGUCUGCAGUGUGCACUAGACCUAAGCAAAACCGGAGUACUGAAACGAUAUUGCUCAAUAUCUCGGGCUCGACUGAGCGCAUUAACAGUGUAAAAUGCUCUCUUACUAAGCAGAAAUGCCGCAGGGAAGUUUUAUUAUACACAAUUUAUUGCCUAAAGCCGAAUAAUUUUCUAGAAGAUAUAUUAAAUUUAAUGAAUAUCAGUGUCAUUUCUAUGAAUUAUACAGAUUAGAUUUAAUUGCGUAUGUUCAAGUUAUGCUAGAAUAUACUGAGCUAAUUGGCCUGUUCAAUUUUAGACUAUUUUUAUCAUCAAUAAUGUCGUGUGUGGUGUUUAAUGUUAAUAUAAAGUGUACUAAACAUAUUCUGUCGAUGUAACAUUAUAUUUAAGAUGUGUAUGUUUUUGUAAACUAAUGUCGCAACAAAAUGCGAUAUAUAUGGAUAUCUCUGUUGUGAUCGCGUCAUGUUGCAAGGCGACUGUGCUGUCCCUGCGGCAGAAUCUUAAAUUUAACCAGGUUGUGUUUGAUUUGAAAAUAAAAAUGCUAUGUGAUUUAAAUUAU